AUGGCGGUGUCAGCCUCGGUCUCUGGAGGGAACUUGGUGGCUGAGGCCUUCGAAGUCCGCUUACUUCGGCUAGCGACGGCCGUUCUCGAGGACUGGCUGUUCCAAAACCCUGGGCUUCGAAAUGAACGAUUAAAACCAAACUGCGCCAUGUUAUCGGAUUUGUCACAAAAAAAAUAUGAACACGACCGAAUGUACCGUGAAGGAUUGGACUGGCAACAUUGGAUAAGAUGUGACGGUACUCCUAACCCACAGGUUGUUCAGGAACUGAAUACGUAUCUCUUUGUUGAGAGACAAGUGUGUCAUGCUAGUGACGAUAAUAACUCUUAUGUGGAAAAAUGUUUAGAGAUAUUCAAGAUUAUGGACGCUGUAGAUGACAUCGUGGAUUUACCGUUGGAUUUGAGUCAAUUUAAACUACAGUGCUUUCGAGAAGCCAGAGACAAUUUAGGAAGGUUACUGGUAGAUAUCAUAUACGGAAUUUGUUACCAUCUGAUUAGUGAUUACGAUCGCAGAAUGGAUCCUGUAGACUUAGAAACAGUUGCAUAUAAAAACUCAUGUGAAGCAUKUUCUGUUGGCUUACAUGUAGUAUGUCACAGGCCCAGGUUGCUGACAGAUGACCGACCUCCGCCAAAAUGUGAUUUCCCUGAAUGUCUUGUCAUGGUCGAUGUCCCACCACAACUAUCACAACAGUACAUGGCAGUUAUGGCUCUAUGGCUACGCUGGGACCCUUUUACGGACAGAAUGGCUGAAUUUGAUGUUUCAAAGUCAUUAGAGAUGGAUACCCGAGAUUUAUGGCAGUACUCAGAGGACAUUUGGAAACAAAAGACACAGAUAGCACAGCAACUAAAUGAAGAAAAGGAAAGAACAGAUAGACAAUUGUGGAUGGAAAAAAUGGAAGAAAAACUUAAAGCGUUUGCGGAAGUGGAUCGAAACAGUUAUCCAGAAGAUCUUAAAAUGUAUUUAGAUGAACUUGAAAAAAAUGACCAUUAUAUUCAUUCAAAAAACGAUCAUAUAGAAAAAGAAUCGGAAGAUCAGCCAAAUGAACAAAAAAUAAAAGAUGAAUCUUCCAAACCAGYAGAACAUGAAACCACGAAAUCAAUACAUAUUGAUGUUACAAAAACUCCAAGCCAGGAAAUAACAAAAAGACAGCUGGAACAGAUGGAAGAUAUUUCUAAUUCGUUGAAAUACUCGGAGAAACCAAACGAACUUAAUCCCAGGAGAUACUGGAUAAUUGGUGGUGCGUUUAACGUGGAAAUGUGGAAACUUCCAAUGCAGCCCGUCGAAUUCAAAGACGGGUCAGUGGGCGUGUUGAUCGUCGGACCAGAGGCUCUGCAGCCCAUCGAUUAUCAUGAAAAAUACGAACCGUUACAGUUGUCGAUGGGUUUUUCGUCUACAUCAUCAGAAGAUGAAGAAACGGACGUAAAAAAACAAAAUCAAGAAGCACUCAAGAGACUUGCGCUAAUAAAUAUCAAGUUGCCAGAAAAUGUACUWUGGUUUGAAAAUCCAAAACCAGCUAUGUGGAAUGAAGAAAAAAAAAAUUGGACGACUGAAUACAUAUACGAUAUCAGGUUCAACGAAGAGAAACAGAUGGUUUCGUUCAGGGCCGGCCGGAUGGGUUCGUUCGGGUUGGCCGUCAACCGGUACACAAACUUUCCGUUUCAGUCGUGGGAGAUACGGCCGGAAGGCGUCGGCGUCAUCCUGUCGGUGACCGCGGCCACGGUGCUGGUGGAGUUCGCUGUUCGCGGAGACCAAGCGGCAAUGGUACAACUGCAAAACGCCACCACCGUGGCAUUACAAGAGAUGAUCGGCGCGUACCACCGGCCGGACAAGCUGGUCCGGUUGUUGCGCCGCGGCGGUAUCAACUUGUUCCCGGAACCGGACGCCCGUCACUACGUGGACGGCCACAGGCCGCCCAAGCACGCGGUGGCCGAGCGACACACGUACCGGUGCAUGGCCGCGCUCAGCGGCACGCAUCAGUUCACCGCGUCCCGSUGGAACGUGCACGCGCCUUUCGAUCGCAUAGUGAUGCAGAUGAAGGAAACGCAGCCGGCCAUCGAAGCGGUCGGCAGUGAGACGUCGCUGUCGGCCGCGAGUGGACAGGCCGGCAGCGUACCGUACAAGAUGGUCAUGAUAACGCCAGAACGCGCCGUGCUGCUCAAGUGUACCGAGGUCAGCCAGGUGUUCUCCGAGGAACCACUGGAGAAGCCGGCCAACACCGUCGCCGAGGCCGGUAAGCGGUACGCACCCGACCUGUUGACGUUGGCCGGAUACAGCGCCACCGUYGACUUCAAGACCACCGAAACACUAUUUUACCUGAUGGACAAAAUAAAAUUCUUGAGCUACUCUUGA